AAAAAUAAAUUUUAAAAAGAGCGUUGCUUUAAAGGAAAAAAUACAUAUAGGAGCUGAAAGGGACCUUAGCCUCUCCACUGCCUGUUGACUCACUGAGAAGGGAUGGAAAUGAGCAUUACCUCCCUUCCUCCAUAGAGUGUAGAUGGAAGAGUGAUAGGGCAUGGCCCCACCUUCAAAGAGCUUGCUGUCUAGAGUGAGCCCCAUCUAUUUAGCAGGUGCUGACUACAUGUUUUGGAAUAAAUGAAGGAAGGACAAAUGAAGGCAAAACAAAGCAGCAACAAAUGGUAUGGUAGACAGUGCAGUGAGAGAAAAGACCAGGUCCAAGGAAGUUGGAGGUGGUCUCAGAUCAUGUCCCCUUCUUGAUGACAUCUCUGCGAUUAGGUAAUAAUAAUAAUAACAACAUAUAGCUAUUGUACAAAUAGCACUUAGCAAGUGCUUGCCUCUAAUCUACACACUUUAUAUAUAAUAAUUCUUUUUUUUGAAAUAUAUAUAAUAAUUCUUUUAAUCCUGACAAAAACUCUAAGAAGAGACUGAGGCACAGAGAGGUUAAGGAAUUUAUAGAAGGCUGCACAGUAGUGGCAGAGUCAGGAUUUGAACCCAGGCAGUCUGGCUCCAGAACCUUGAUCACAAGACAGCUUUAAAAAAAACAAAAAAAAACCCCUGAGUGCUGACUUCAGAUUUGUGCAUUUUAAUGUAUGUAAAUCUUGCCUUCCUCAGCCCCCCAAAAAAGAAAUGGGGAAACAAAAGCUGGACUCGAGUCACUGAUAAGCAUGAGCUAUGUCUUUACCUAAAUGGUGGGAGCUUGGGGUUGGGAGGGCUCCUGCUCCUGGCUGUGGUCAUUGUGUCCACCUGUCUGUGUCGGCUCCAUCGGAAAGUGAGGAGGCUGGAGAGGAGCUGGGCCCAGCUCUCGGAGCAAGAGCUCCACUACGCAUCUCUGCUCCCCAUCCCCGGCAGUGAGAGGCCCGACCCUGGCCACAGGGAAGGCACCAAGGAGGACCCCAGCACCGAAUAUGCCUGCAUCGCCAAGAACUAAGCCACCAGAGCUUCCCCCAGACGCCUCCCUGAACUCAGGCCGACCCUGCGGUCCACCCAGUAAACACUGUGUCUCGCCAUCUUCUGUGUCUCAGGCUUCUCAGUGCAACUCAGCUUCGUGCCAUUCCACAGGGCCGCCAUCAACACUUACAUGACUUAUCUUCCCACCCGUUCUGGGGCUGAGUAGGAAUUUCUCAGGGAAAGAAAGGUGUUGAAGGACCAGGCUCUCCUGAAGGCCAGAAAGAGCCCACACGUGGGCCUGGCUGGAAUGGGGAGCUGACAUGUAAGGGUCAGAUCUGACACUCCCCAGUUCUCAGGAGAACUGUUUUUUUUGUUUGUUUGUUUUUUCACUUUGUUUUUUGU